AUGUCUCUUAAAUACGGACUUGGUGGCUCAGCGGUCGCGCUGGGCGUGGUAGGCCUAUAUAUGCUGUUCAAUGGCGAGGGAGAAGCCUUCAACGUCGGGCAGUUUCUCGAAUCCGUCUCACCAUAUACUUUCGCAAGUCUGGGAAUAGGACUGUGCAUUGGUCUCUCAGUCGUUGGCUCAGCAUGGUUGGGCAGGGGAAUCUUUACAACCGGUGUCUCGAUUGUCGGCGGUGGUGUGAAAGCCCCACGGAUACGAACCAAGAACCUAAUCUCAAUUAUCUUCUGCGAGGUGGUAGCUAUCUACGGGGUCAUUAUGGCAAUCAUCUUCUCAGCCAAGCUGAACGCCGUUGCUGAUUACGAAACACUAUACUCGCCGCGCAACUAUUACACCGGAUAUGCUCUGUUUUGGGCGGGAAUAACAGUGGGCAUGUGUAACCUCAUUUGCGGUGUGUCUGUGGGUAUCAAUGGCAGCAGUGCCGCUCUGGCUGAUGCCGCGGAUCCGGGCCUCUUCGUCAAGAUCCUUGUUAUCGAGAUUUUCAGUUCCAUCCUCGGUCUCUUCGGCUUGAUCAUUGGUCUGCUCGUCCAAAGUAACGCGCCGGAUUUCGAGUAA